AUCGUUGAAAGACGUCAGGGUGAGUGAGAUUUAGGUAUCCUGGAAAAUCGGGCCUGGCAGAGGACCGAGCGAGAGUGUAACGUGCACGGUGCACAAAGUGUUAGUUGAUUAGACCAACGACAAAUCGCGUCUCGCGUUGCGUGCAGUACCCGUGUUUUAAAGAUGGCCGCUGGAUGUUGUGGAACGAAAAAGCAAAAGUUAAACAACUCGCUGAGCAUACCGUGUAACGGCACAUCCUCCCUGCAAAAUGGUCUACGAAACGGAAUUAUCGCUCAUCCGGAGAUGUGCUUCUUCUGCUUUGACGUCCUUUAUUGCCAGCUCCAUCAACUCGAUCCUCCAAAAACGCCAAACUUCAGCAAUGAUGCAUUCCCGUUAUUUGUGACAUGGGCUAUUGGAAAGGACAAGCGAUUGAGGGGCUGCAUUGGCACUUUCAACGCGAUGCACCUUCAUGCUGGACUCCGUGAAUACGCAGCGACUAGUGCCUUCAAGGAUUCACGCUUUAAUCCCAUUACACGAGACGAACUUCCUCGCCUACAUGUCAGCGUCUCGAUUCUUCGUCAUUUUGAAGACGGUGCAGACUAUCUUGAUUGGGAAGUCGGUGUUCACGGUAUUAGGAUUGAGUUUCACAACGAAAAGGGCAACAAGCGCACUGCCACUUAUUUACCUGAAGUAGCCACUGAACAAGGUUGGGACCAAAUACAAACAAUCGACUCGUUGUUGCGGAAAGGGGGCUUCAAAGGAGUGGUCACGCCGGAUAUUAGGAGAAACUUGAAGCUAACUCGAUACAGGAGCGAAAAGGUCUCUGUGAGCUAUCAAGACUACAUGAGUCAUUGGCAUAGCCAGCAAUGCUAGCAGCUGGCCCGGAGUCCUUCGCAGGGACUCCCGCCUCGUUACCACCAACCGGACAUUGACUAUCGGUACAGAAACUCUGACCCAAGUUGUUAUCGCGCCUCUCAGACUCAGCGCGAUCCUUCGAUCCAGCAAACGCCUAGCAAUUACACAACAAUCCCUCAGCACACCUUAGUCAUGGUACAACCGAGCCACCCGUCGUCUUUCAUUCAUCCGAUUCCGCAAACGCAGGUUCCACCGGCGUUGAUACCGGUACAGAGUUACCCACCGUUUUGGUGGAAUAGACACGGUCCACCGCCCUUCCAGCAACCCCAUUCGUCGCAAAAUUCGCGCGAUUUUUACUGCCAAUCGCAGGGUACCUACGAACACGGUGUGCGCAAGCGAAAAUGACACCAGUGGCAAUUAUUGCGUGCAACUUUUCACUGUUUUAAAUGGUGCCUGUUAUACUUCGUAUGCUUUAGCAUACACAGUCUGCCAUUCAUGAUACCUUAUAGUCCUCCUUGAGGAUGCGUAUUAUUAUUGGAGAGUAAACCUUUGUCAUACGGUAGGGUAAAAAUUUUCAACGUCGUCAUUUGUCAGACAGUGUCGACUGAUUGAAGAAAGUAAUUCAAUUUUUUCCAUCAUACUGUUGUUUCGCUGUCUUCUUUAGUUCGUUCUUUAAUGCCUUUGAUAAUAUAGCUCUAGAUUAAUUGCGAGCUGAGUUGUGUGUCAAAAUUGUAUAUAUAUAUACAAUUAUAUAUAUAUAUAUAUUAAUGCUCCAGUCGCGAUGAUGUUGUGAUCUGAAAAUGAAUAAUUUUGUCGUAUUAUUCUGUCCGAGACUGUAUUAAAAAUGAAUAUAUAUAUAUAUUUGAAAAAAAAAAUAAAAAAUAAAUAAUAAAAUAUUGAAAACUUUACAGCAAUAUUAGAGCAUCUAGUUGAAUAGCGAUAAUGCUAAAGUUCAUAUUCUAGCUCGCAAAUCUUUGAUUCAAAAUUGAAAUAAAAUCCCUAUCCUUCCUAUCUCUCUGUUAAAUACGUUUAAUUAAAUGAAAUUGAAUGAAAAAACAUUACUAAAAUUGAGGCAGAAGUUUUUACCAGAGUGUUUUUGAAUCGUAUGAAUAUUCACACACCUGUACUUAUUAUCAUUAUCCGUUCGUUUUUCGGUGUUUCGGUAUAUAUCAAUUUAGUGGAUGAACCAAACAGUUUCACCAAAGCAUAAAGAAAAACCUGUGCACAAUUAAUUCAAAUAAGUGACCGUGAAAUUCAGUUUAUUAUUGAAUCCUCGAAAUUAUAUAGGCUCUCCAUCGCGAUGCCAACUUUUCUGUUAUUAUUAACCAUAAUUGAACAUAGAAAAAAAAAGAAUAAAUAAAAAAUUAAAAUAGGCAAAUAAUAGAAAAAUAUAUAUUAAAAUAAUUGUAGUUAAUAAUCUUCCCUUAUAUUGACGUUAUGAAAAAACAAAAAGUGUCUCGAUACUUUGUGCUGAGUUACUUAUAAAAUUCAGACAGAUUAAAAUAUACAAAAGUGGUUACAGAUCACGCCAGAUGCAAAAUCUAUCGUAAUUGCAAUGUUACAAAUCCUGAUAUCACAAACACGUUACCAUCAUAACUAAAAGUAAGAUAUGUGCGUAAUACAUCUUUUUUCUCAGUUUGUAUUUCAUUGCUAUUUUUUAUUUUCGUUUCUUUGGAAAUGGAGACUUGUUUUUCACUGUUAAUUGCCAUGUAACUAUUAUUCAACGAUACUUUUUCCCUCGUCUGACCACGAUUACCUGUCAAUGUCCCAAUAUUUCAUCGAGAUGAGUUUAACCUAUGCAAUUUAUACAAAGUGAUCAGUUUCAAUGAGGUCAAUCAUCGAACGUAAACAUAUCAAAGAUGAUGACUGUGUAUAAACAAUUAGGAUACAUUCAGAGUAUAAAAUGUGAAUAGAAAAUUGACAAAACAUAAUGCGAUGAGGGGCAGUUAGACGUGUCUUGUAUCUGGAUAAACAAUUACUGCAAAUAAGUAUGUUGAGAGUGAUCCACAUUGUAUAUCUGUAAUAAGAAUAAUAAUGAUAACAAACAAUAAAUCUAAAAUGUAUGUUAAAACGAUUAACCUUAAGGGAAGGCGCAUAAAAAGCCUAAUAAAUGACGAUCUCAUUGUGAUUUUGAUUGCUCUGUGAUUAAUGUUGACGUCAUACAUAUAUGUACAACUUUGUAACAUUCGAUGCAUCGAGUGCUUGAUAAUAGUAUAGACUUGUUGUAUAUUUUAUUUUUGAUUUUUAAAAAAGUUUUUUCACUUUCAAAUAUUUGACUGACAAGUAAGCGCAGCUCAGAUUAAAUAUCCAGAAAAAUGCACGCCGGUAUCUUUUCCACCAAAGCGAUUUAGUGUCAUCCUUAAUUCGCGGUAAAUUGACUUAAAACGCAAAUACGUAUGCGAUACGCAAUCCACAAACCUUUGAAUACCGCGUGGUUGACCGAAUACUCUGUGAAU